AUGGAGAACGAAAACGAAUUUGGUGAAUAUAAGGAACAUUUUGAUGAAUUUAUUAACUCUUUGACUGCUCAAAAGGCUGAUUCACAGAAGGAACUUGAGAAGGAGAGAGCAAUGAAACAAAAACCCGACAAAGAAACUCAAAAACUUAGAGUUAAAGUCACCGAUUCAGAAGCUAAAUUGGCAGACGCCGGUGCUACUGGAGCUUCUAUUGCUAAAUUGAAAGCGAAACAGAAAAGGAAGAAGCACAAGACGCAGCUGCUAAAGCUAAGAAACAAGCUAAACAGUAUGCCAGAAAGGUUGAAGAGGCUGAGAGAAAGCUUGCAGAAUUCGAACAGAAAGAGUCUACAUUCAACACUCAUAUUGGUAAGACACAAGCCGAUUUGA